AUGGCGACGAACGAGACAAAGCUGCUGGAGCCGUACGUGUACAUCAGCCAACUGCCGGGCAAGGGCGUGCGUGGCAAAAUGAUUGGCGCGUUCCAAACGUGGCUCUGUGCUCCAUCCGAUACCGUGAAGAGCAUUCAGAGCAUCGUGGACCAGCUCCACAACGCCAGUCUCCUGAUCGAUGAUAUUGAAGAUGACUCGGCGAUGAGACGGGGCCAGCCCGUAGCCCACCACAUUUUCGGCAUACCCGCGACAAUUAAUUGUGCCAAUUACGUCUACUUCUUGUCGUUGCAAGAGUGCCAAGCUUUGGGGAACCCCAAGGCCAUGCAAGUGUAUACAAACGAGAUGCUGAGACUGCAUCAAGGCCAAGGACUGGACAUUUUCUGGCGGGACCAUUUGCAAUGUCCGACAGUCGACGAGUACCUCGAGAUGGUGCAAAACAAGACGGGCGGACUGUUUCGACUAGCAGUGGGGCUGAUGCAGGCGUUUAGUGACUGUUGUCUCGACUUUACGCCGCUCGUAAACGCGCUGGCGGUCUACUUUCAGAUUCGAGACGACUACAUCAAUCUACUGGACGCAGCGUACAUGGAGAACAAGAGUUUCUGCGAAGACCUCACCGAGGGCAAGUUUUCGUUCCCGCUCAUUGUGGCGAUUCGCGAGAACCCGCAGGACACGAGACUGCUGAGCAUUCUCAAGCAACGCACCAAGAGCAAGCACCUGAAGCAGUAUGCGGUGCAGUAUCUACGCGAAACUGGCGCUGUCGAGUUUACUCUUGCGAAGCUCAACGAGACAGUGCAGGAAAUCCGCAACGAAAUUGCCGCGCUAGGAGGCAAUGUAGCACUGGAAGCGAUCGUGGAUAGUUUGCACGCGACUAUCAAAUAG